AUGGUUACACUCAUCUACUGUCUUUUCUCAUGUACCACGAAACCGAUAUGUCCAUACUCUGAUAUACCAGGACAAGUUGGACAGAGAAAACUUAAUUUGAACGAAACAACAACAGCCCACGCAGAGGAACACGUUUUCGGACCCUCUGCGGGAAAAGUUCGGACCUUUGUGAAACGAGCCAAUGAGAUUCUUCUUAAGAAACUCGUCGAUCCCAAGACUGGAAACAUUACUCACGUUGAUUGGCUCUUUGAUCAAGUCCUUAACCAGGAAACAAUGAAUAUAAGCAAUUAUUGGUAUCUUCCGGGUGGACAUUGGAAACCAAUGAACUGUUUACCGAAAUGGAAGGUUGCUAUUUUAAUACCAUUUCGAGAUCGCUUCUAUCAUCUUCCCAUUCUUCUGCAAAACCUGAUACCGAUGCUUCAGAAGCAGCUACUCGAAUUCAGCCUUUUUGUUGUUGAGCAGGCUAAUCAGGAACUCUUCAACCGCGCGAUGCUCAUGAACGUCGGGUUCCUCGAAUCGCUUAACUUCACCGACUACGAUUGCUUCAUCAUCCAUGACGUCGACUAUGUACCCGUCGAUGACCGUAAUUAUUACGGCUGUUCCAGUAUGCCCAGGCAUUUUGUCUCCAGUUCUGAUACCGUCCCGUUUAGAUUACCGUAUGGUGAAUUCUUUGGAGCUGUCGCUGGUCUUACUAAAGCCAACAUCCGAAGCAUCAACGGAUUCCCUAACGUUUACUGGGGGUGGGGUGGUGAGGAUGAUGAAAUAUAUAAAAGGGUCAGGGACGCUCGCCUCAUAAUCACCCGCCAUAAAGGACCCAUCACCCAUUAUAACGUCAUUAAACAUCAUCACGAAAGCGCACCCAUGGCAAAGGACAGGUAGGCAUUGUAUGUGCUUUGGAUGCAAUCUGAUUAUGAAUAUUUCUAUAUAGGCCUACUCAAACUUUCCAUGCAUGCUGCUUGGAAGAAUAACUGAAAUACUCCCCUUCUUUAUUAUAAACAGUUAAAUAUUAAUUAUUUUUAACCCUAUGAUUGCACAACAGAUAACCCAAGUUGGUUUAAAAAAUAUUAAAACAACUUGCCUAAAGGUGGUCGGA